AUGAGAUCUUAAAGAAUAGUAGUUUUGCAUGAAAGAUUGUAUAGAAUGGAUGAAUAAUUGGGAGGGAAUGAGAGAAAGAAAAAUGUUAAGAAUCCUUAAAAAGAAUUUGAUUAAAUGAUUGAAGAUUUAAGAGAGGAAAUUGAAAUGAUUUCUGCAAAAUAGAAAAAUAGAGAUAAACGAAACUAAAAGUAUGGAAAUGAUGAGGAGGCAAUUCGUUUAGGUGUAGAAAUAAGAGAAUCAAUAUAAAAAUGUGAAUAGUAAUACAAAUCAUUGGAGAAAACUCUUUUACGAUAGUUAAAAAAGCCUAAAGUAUUAAUGAAAUAGAAAAAUAGAAAUACAAUUAAUAAGAUUUAGAGUUAAGAGUGACUACAUUUAAAAUGUUAAAGAUUGGAUUGAAGGGAACAAAAAUGAAAGAAUUUGUAGUAGAUGAAUAGGAGUUUAAAGGAGUAACAUUAAAUGAAUUAAAGAAUUAAGUUUUUGAUGGUGGUAAUAAUAAUAAAAAGAAUGAUUUGGAAUAUUAAGAGAAUUUAAGUUUAGAAGAAUAGGAGGCUAUGUAAAGAUGGAAUUUGAAUGAUGAAUAAAUGGAUAAGUAAUUAGAUGAGAUAAUAGGAGGAUUAGAUUAAAUGCAUUAUAAAGUUUAAUAAAUGGGUUAAGUAUUUAAUUUAUAUUAUUAUUUUAUAUAGAAAAUUGAUUAAACAGGAGAAUAAAUAAAUAUAUUAAUUAAAGAGGCUGAUAAAACAAAUAAAAAUUUAAAUAAUGCUAAUUAAGCAUUGAAAAGAUUAACUUAAGUUUAUAGAAGACCAAAUAAAUUUGUUUUAGAUAUUGCAUUUAUAUUAUUAUUAUUAGGAUUGAUUGCUACAAUAAUUACUACAUUGAUAAAAAAGAAAUGA